UAAUAUAUCAGGUACAGAGGACACAAGUACUUAGGAAGGAGGCCUCCAAGUCACGUUCCGAAAGUAACUGUUCUUUUUGAUGGACAGUCAGGUGGCACGAGAUGGCCGUCUGAUGGAGUUAGUGGAUGAGAAAUGGAGAGAAGACAAACUCCCAAUGGAGGAAGUCGCUGUGCCGCAGAUGGAACUCCCAGAAAUAGAACCAGACAAUGGACCAACCAAUGAGACCUUAAAAGAGCAGGAACAAAAGUGGACUGACUUGGCUUUGUCAUCACUGCAUGAUCAGCCUCCUGCGACCACUAGUAACUGACUAACUGAUAAUCAUACAGAGUACCCUCUGGUGUUUAUACGAGGUCAAAAAAGUAUUAAGUGUAAGGUUAUCAUUAAAAGUGAUGAUUAUUCCCCAUCUUCAGACAUAAUUUUUAAUAUAUAUGCUACCAGCAUGACCAAUCUACAAUUUCAAAUAAUAAUGUCAAACACUUUUGAGAAAAUUGGAAGCUAGGACUAGUGGAUUCCUGAGUGUGCAGCUGUACUUGUGAAGUCCAUGCAGUGAAAUGAACUUGGUGAGACCGAAAUGAAUUAUGGACCAAGUGAAUUUCAAUCAGCAGAUGUAUCUGAAUUAUUUUAAAAUAAAUUUUAUCAAAACAUA